AUGGGCAGUGCCGUCUGGAGUACACAGACACUACAAGGGUGUGCGGCAGUGUGUGGGCCCUGGAUACCACACUGGAUACCACACUGGAUACCAGUGUGGUAUCCAGAGCUCACACUGCCGUUAACAGUAUGGUCCCUGGAUAAAACCAUUCACCAGGGCCCCUAUCCAGAUGAUGAGCCCCAGGCGUCCGCUAGAGUAUGGAUGCUGAUCUUCAAAAAUGACGGUCUGGAGGGCGUUAAUGCAAGCAUUCGGGUGAUUCUUGCUGCCGCUGUCGCCGCUGUGACCUUUGCCGCACCUCAGUACGGAGUGCAGCAGCCCGGUCCAACCUACACUGCCCCUGACCCCACCUACACAGCUCCCGACCCCACCUACACAGCUCCCGACCCCACCCUGACGACACUCCCUCAAGCCAGCGUAGUUCCGGAAGUUGUGCCCAUCAUUAAGGACGAGCGUGAACAGGAGGAUGACGGAACGUUUACUGUCUACGUGGAGGCCGGCAAUGGCAUCACUCAGGUGGUGUCUGGCGCUCCCAGCGGCCCUGAUGGAGCUGUGGUCUUGUCUGGAGAAUACUCCUACACUGCUCCUGACGGCAAUCCCGUCAAUGUGAAGUUCGUCGCCGACGAGAACGGCUACCAGCCCCAGUCUGACCUGCUGCCAGUGGCUCCUGAGUUCCCCCACCCAAUCCCCCAGUUCGUGCUGGACCAGAUCGCCUUCGCCGCUCAGGAGGACGCUGCCAACGCCGCCGCACAAGAAGCUAGUGCUUUACCUGCUCCUUCACAGACCUACAUCCAGCCUCAGUAACACUUGUUGCCUGUCAUUACACAUGUAACUCAACACUGUUGAAAGCUUUACAUAGUUGUGUUUCUUAUAUUUAUUUGUCUUAGUUAUAUUGCGCACAAUAUGUAACGUGUCAUGUAAUAAAUUAAUGUUCCAAAUAUUUUAUAAAUUUUAUUCUUAAUUCAUAGUUAAAUUUCCAGGUACUGGAUAUAUUUAUAUGAACAAGUUUAGACAAUAUUUCAAUUUUCUUUCACCUGGAGACGUCUUUAUCUCUCCGGACUGGCAAGUACUGUGAUCAUUAUUAACCCUUCUCUCACGUACUUUUUUUGUUGCUGCUCAUAUGAUUAAGCUCAUUUGUAAUGGUUUAUUUGCUGCCGUAAUAUAAAAUUGAGCUCUAUCUACACUUGAAACUGUGUUAUAGAGUCUUCACCAUCACAUUUUCUAGUCCAUCAUUUGUUAACUACACUGAUAAAAAAAAUUCUUAUGUCUCAUUAGUU